AUGACGGAACCGUCCAAGCCGAAAAGAUGGCUGAGCCGAAUCAAGCAAAAGCUCUCCGGCGGGAAAGGCGCCGCCCAGUCGUCACCACACGCCGGCACGACGCCGUCGAAGCGGACCCAGUCCAUGCCGACAAACUCGGAGGUGCUGGCGCGUCUGCAGCCGGACAAGUACCACUACGACCUUACCGUGCAGCCCGGUCCGCCGACAGCCGACUCGUCGGCCACUCUAGACCAGGCCGCACCCGUGGGAGAUGCUUCCCAGGAGCCCACACGCAAGGAGACCGGCGUCAACCCUACCAAGAGCUCCGCUGCAAAGGCAUCGGAUCUUGUCGCGCCGGCCAAGGAAUCUGAGCGUCCCCGGCAGUGCGCGAUGUGUCUCGGCUACCUUGACUACAGACCGGGAGGGGAGAUGUGUCAGUGUAGGGGCUAA